AUGGUUGUGGAAACUAAACUCCCAGAUGAUACAUUUAUAAAAGUUUCAUGCGAUGGCCUAAUCGGCUGCUUAUUAACCGGUACUUGUAAUGGGGAUACACUCCAUAAGAUCUGCUUGUGGAAUCCAUUAACUGGAGAAUACAGGAAUGUGUCGACACCAACAUCAAGUAGUAACCAAUUAUAUGACUCCUUUUCCAAUUAUGGGGUUUGCUACGAUUGGAAAAUUGAUGAUUACAAGUUGUUCUUAAUAGUGGUCAAUGACAGUGCUUGUUCUGAAGUUUGGGUUUGUCGAUUGGGUUCAAAUUCAUGGGAAAGUACUGGAUUCAUACCUUAUGAUAUAAGUCCCUACAAUAUAUGUCUGACGCCUUUAAAUGGGAUUAUUCACUGGAUAGGAUACACUAAAGUUAUAUUUUCAUUCGAUAUAGUUGAAGGGAGAAACAAAGAGAUCCAACUACCCCCUUGCUAUCUGAACGAUAAACUGUACUUGUUUCAAGAUAUGGAAGUGGGUGUCUUGAGAGAGAACCUUUACCUAUCAGUUAAUGCUACAUGUAAGAGCAACAUCGAUCUAUGGGUGAUGAAAGAUUAUGGAGUUGCAGAUUCUUGGAGAAAAUUUUUCAGCAUUUCGACAGAUGAAACUUUAUUUGAUUCACUAUGGCCCCUGCAUUAUCUCGAGAAUAAUCACAAGAUUUUAUUCCAUGGAUAUGUGAAUACAAUAAAUGAUGAAGAUUCAGGUGAGGCUGUUUUGGUCUCUUAUGACCUAAUAAAUGGAGAACUAAUGACCUUGGAUAUCCCCUACAAACCAAAACAUUUUUAUCCCAUUAUUUUUGUUGGAAGUCUAGUUUCACUCAAUUCGUGUGAAUUAGUAGAAGCUAAACAAAUUUCUGAGGUAGCUUGA